CAGGAUUCAAGCGCGUCAACAACCGGUAGCCAUCGCACAAAUCUGAAGCUACACACAGAUAUGGCGAUGGUCUCAGUCGCAGAGAUGACGCAGCGACAUUAACAUCGCACAAAUCGCGUCUCUCUCGAUUUCAUCCUCAAAUUCGGAGAGAGAGAGAGAGAGAGAGAGAGAAACGGGGAUCGGGCCGAAUCCUUCACAAUGCAGUCGCGCUUCCAAUCCCUCCCGCGCCUCCUCAGAACCCACUGCCUCCCCUUCCUCUCCCCCUUCUCCUCCUCCUCCUCCGCCCCCCGGCCGCCGCGGCCUCCGCCUCCGCCCGGAACCCUGAAUUCCUCGUCCCCCCAGACUCUGGCCAGCCUCCGCGCGCGGCUCGCGGAGGAUUCCCCGUCGCUCUCCGACUUCAUCGACCUGAAGUCGAGCCACUCCUACUCCGUGGAGGUCGGCACCAAGAAGAAGCCGCUGCCUAAGCCCAAGUGGAUGAAGGAGUCGAUCCCCGGCGGCGAGAAGUACGUGCAGAUCAAGAAGAAGCUGCGGGAAUUGAAGCUGCACACGGUCUGCGAAGAGGCCAGGUGCCCUAAUUUGGGCGAGUGCUGGUCCGGCGGCGAGACGGGGACCGCCACGGCCACGAUCAUGAUUCUCGGCGAUACUUGCACAAGAGGUUGCAGAUUCUGCAAUGUGAAGACUUCACGCGCUCCACCGCCACCAGACCCUGGUGAGCCGAGGAAUGUGGCGGAGGCAAUUGCUUCUUGGGGUUUAGAUUACGUGGUGAUAACUAGUGUGGACCGGGAUGAUUUGCGCGAUCAAGGGAGCAGUCAUUUUGCUGAGACAGUGCAGACACUUAAGGCACUCAAACCCAAAAUGCUUAUUGAAGCCUUAGUGCCAGACUUCCGUGGAGAUUCUGGCUGCGUAGAGAAAGUGGCCAAGUCAGGCUUAGAUGUCUUUGCUCAUAAUAUCGAGACAGUCGAAGAACUCCAGAGUGCAGUACGUGAUCAUCGUGCUAAUUUCAAGCAGUCUCUGGAUGUUCUCAUGAUGGCCAAAGACUAUGCACCUGCCGGGACACUUACCAAGACUUCAAUAAUGUUAGGCUGCGGUGAAACACCUGAUCAGGUUGUAAAAACUAUGGAAAAGGUGAGGGCAGCAGGAGUAGACGUCAUGACAUUCGGUCAGUACAUGAGACCAUCAAAACGUCACAUGCCAGUUUCUGAGUAUAUCACACCUGAGGCUUUUGACAAGUACCAAAACCUUGGCAUGGAAAUGGGGUUUCGGUACGUGGCUUCCGGUCCAAUGGUUAGGUCAUCAUACAAGGCAGGGGAGUUUUAUAUCAAAUCUAUGAUAGAAGCUGACCGUGCCAGCUCUACACACCUUCCUGUCUCUGCAUGAAUUGGCAAUUGAUUAAUUUAUUUUAACCGUAAAAACUGUCAUCUUCUCCAUGUUGCUUCUCUGAGGAAUAUGCAGCUCAAGUUAAUCUACUUUGAUGGGUCCGAUUGGAGUCAAGAAUGACACAGAAACUGGGGUUUGUCGUGGAGGGUUCCACUUUGAGAUGUAACUUCAGCUUCCAUGGUUGUCUUGAGCUUGUAUCACUUCUGUUGUUGGAGUUCAGGAUAUUCCUUGUAUAUACAAUUGUUUGUAAUAACAACAUCAUCAAAUCUUACACAUC